GUAAUCUUAGGACUUCAGUCUUUUAAAGUCAAUACUUACGCGUGGACAUAGUUUCUUAUCUCUCGAUUGUGUAAUGGGCCUAUUUCAGUUCCAGAUAACUUUAUAAUUCGGUAUUUAAACAAGGGGACAUUUUCUUCGCUGUCGGAUUAUUACCAUAGGCUGGAUUUCAUCGCGGGUAAUUUCUUGACCGAAACGUUCCGUCUGUUUAUGAAGUUUGGACGACUUAAAGAAGAAUUUUUUCGUCGAUAGUCUAUUGAACAGGAUCAGCUGUUCCGACUUUUAUCAAUGAAGCUCGAAGGGACAACCAUGACGGAUGAAUAUCCUAUUUCACCACCCACAGUGAACGGUACGAAACCUACAAAAGAGGUGUGUACAGGCUGCCAAAGUGCCAUCGAAGACAGGUACCUAAUGAAAGUAAUGGAAAAUAGCUGGCAUGAAAGUUGUUUACAAUGUUAUGUUUGUCAACAACAACUCACCCAUUCCUGCUUCUCACGUGACCGAAAACUAUAUUGCAAGAACGACUACGAAAGGCUUUUUGGAACAAAGUGCAACGCAUGUACACAAUCAAUUCCAUCACAUGAGCUAGUGAUGAGGGCGCUGUCGUAUGUCUACCACUUGCGGUGUUUUACUUGCGUUAUCUGCGAUGCUCAGUUGAAAAAAGGCGACGAGUUCGUCAUUAAAGACAAUCAAUUGUUUUGCAAACUGGAUUUUGAAAAGCAGUGUGUUUUAACCCAAGUCAAUUCUCCUGAUGGAGUGAGUGAAAAUGGUCAUACGGACAGACGGGGGAUACCAAAGAGACCAAGAAGCAUUCUCACAACGCAACAACGAAGAGCUUUGAGGGCGUCCUUCGAUAUUUCACAGAAGCCAUGUCGGAAGGUACGGGAAUCUCUCGCUGGAGAAACAGGUUUAAGUGUUAGGGUCGUACAAGUUUGGUUUCAAAAUCAACGAGCUAAGAUGAAGAAACUAGCCCGGAGAAACCUAAGUGAUACAGACGGUAAUGGUCAAAGGAGAAAUUCAAGAAAUCAGAACAGAAGACCAUUAAAAGAUAAAGAUGAAGACGGAUAUUCACCUGACGAACUUAAAAGUGACGAUGACGAUUUCGGUUUCGACGAGUUACUUCAAUCAAAAUAUCCAAUGUUACAGUCUGACUUGGCGGGAUUUACACAAAACGCAAUGAUUAGCCAGUUUCAAGAUUCUCCGAUUGCACAUCACCCUGGUAACAACAUGCACCAAGGAAUGUAUGCUGCACACCCUGAACAUGAAAUGUUUCAACAGGAGAUGCAUUCACCGAUAGAGGGCUCUCUCGACGAAGAUUUGAUGACCAAUCGUGCACAAGUUCCCAGUAAUGAUGGCAGUCAGGGUCAUACAAACAUUAGCAAUCCUAUAGACAAGUUGUAUUCCAUGCAGGAUUCAUAUUUUAACGCUGUAGAAUAAUCACCAAACUGUUCAUACAAUUGCGAUUGUUGUCCUCUCUCCUAUUUCACAUUUGGCACAAGCGAUACACAACUUCAAAACCGUACUACCAAAGAUGGGAAGGGCAAUUGAAGAAGGAGAGCAUUGACCAUCAAGUUAAGAGACAUGACGUUAUUGGCUAUUCAAAAUAUGUCAAUUUGGCGAAAAGAGUUCGUGGCAUUUAAUGUUUGCAUCCUGUUGACUUUCUUUGGCUUUACUUGACUGUUACAUCACACUGAAUGGCAUUAAAGUUGAAAUCGAUAACAUAAUAAUUUUCCUUUCAAAUUUGUCAUUAAACGGUCGCCUUUGAUCAAUUUGAAUUGGAGGAAACAAAUUUGGGGUGUAUAAAAGAAUUCGGUGGAGAGUGGGUUAUUGGGCCCGAAACUUAAGAUGAGUGGAAUAGGAAGCCGCACUAAGAAGAGAAUACAAAUGUCUACAGUGUUGCAGGUACUAAAUAAACCAAUUGCGAAUAAGUGAAAGUGUUUUCCAUUUUUCCAUUACGAUAUAAAUAAGGCCAAGUUCAUUUAAAUAGCGCUAGGCUAAUACAGUAUAACCCUUUUGUAUUCAAUUAAAUACGCAAUUAUUUAAUAAAAGUAUUAAUGAAGAGAUCUAAAUGUGUAUUCAUUAAUGUUCU